AUGAGUCAAGAUGCCAAUUCCACUCUUUCGAAUGGGAAAUCAAGCCUCUUGAAAGAUGCGGAUGAGAGACUCCUAAGUGCCGGAACUGCAGUACCGGAAUGGGAUGAAUUCGAAAUGGAUGAUUUCAACAUGGAAGAAGCUGAACGUGGAGACGUUACAGCGGGACAUGAAGCAGGCUCUAGAAAAGAGCAAUGGCUCUAUCUCAAAAAGUCCAAUGCUUUCAUGAGAGCUUUGCGAAGGUUUUGGUAUGGACCGGAGGUCCCGGAAGACCUUCCACCUUCAUUUCCAGGAAAAUGGAAGCUCACUGAAAGGAUUGACAAAUUUCCCACCUCGGGGCUCCGAAAACGGUAUUCCUGGAGCAUCAGAACAAUGAUACUGGUCUUGUAUGUUUGCAUAUGGGGUGCGCUAAUGUGCGGUUUCAUUCAGUACUACUACAUCAAACCACCGGCCUUUCAUCGAGAUGACGGGACGCAAAUACCAGUAAGAACAAUGGAUUGCCAGUCCACGCUGUUUUGGAAAGGCAAGAAUAACGAUUGUGGAAUAGAUGCCUCUGAAUGCCUACCGUUUGAAGAUGAGGAAGUCUACAUAAGAUGUCCAGCACUGUGUGACCGCAGCGCCUGGACUUAUUCAGCCAUAAAUGUGGGGGAUAGAAGAGUGAAGUACACGGGCUUUGAGAUAGGAGGAGGAGAGCUUCAUGAGGACGAGAAGCUGUCGUAUCCUUACAGAGGAGACUCUUUUACAUGUGGAGCAGCUGUCCAUGCUGGCGUUGUUUCCCCUUUCACUGGCGGUUGUGGACGUGUGGUAAUGACAGGAGCGCAAGAAGCCUUUGAAUCAAGAAAAGGCCGUUACAGAACUGGAAUGUCGGUUGGAUUUGACUCAUUUUUCCCUUCGUCUUUCGAGUUUAGAAAGUUGCUGAACGGCUACAGCUCCAGAUGUUAUGAUCCGCGCAUACCGGUGUUGGUCGCGAAUAUCGUGCUCGGGCUACCAGUGUUUUAUCUCAGCGAAGGGCUGUACGGCUACUGGAUUCUGACUAUUGCUGGUUACGUGACACUCGUCUUUUUCUUGGACCCUCCAAUAAUCGUUGACCCUUACGAUAACGAAGGAUUUUCCCCAUUGUUAAGCUUAGCCUUUCAGCGAUUCUUGCCGCUUGCUUUCGUCUUGUACGUUCUUUGGAAAUGCUCAGUGCGAAGAACUCUCACAAAUGGGUCCCCAUUGGCAAAAGUGGUCUGCUGGUUUCCAACGUUUUGGCUUGGAGUCAUGAAUAAUGUGACAUUUGACAGAUUGCCCGUUGAUCGGCUGACCAUCACGGACUUGAAGGAACAGGCUGGCGCUUUCUUAGCUGUGGGGUCGAUAAUUGCGACCAUAGUGUCGUGUGCUGUUGUUCAAGCGUAUUCUUUAUGGAAAUCUGGUAGGUUCAGAAAAUACCUAUGCAUUUAUCUCUCAUUCAUCGCAGCUCUUGUCGCGUUGAGUCAAUUGCCCGGGCUCUCUUUAAGGAUACAUCACUACAUCUUGGGGAUGCUGCUCGUCCCGGGAUGUGCGACGCGAGGUACUUCUGCGUAUCUUUUCCAGGGAAUUUUGGUCGGGCUUGUUCUUUCGGGUGUAAGCAGAUGGGAUUUUGCCAGCAUAGUGGAAACAAGAGUGGCACUGUUAAGAGGUGAGGCUGGUAGCUCAUGGGAUCCACCCAUGCUCGAGUACAGUCAGAAUAAUCCAAACUUUAUCUCAUGGAACUUUGCAAAUGCAACUGAGGCUCAAGAUGAUGAUCUAAACGCCUUUUCUCUACUAAUAAAUGACGUAGAGCGUUAUGUCGGUACAAACAAGACUGUGGAUCUAGCUGCGUUGAUACAGCAAGAUGCUAAACUUGCAAAAUGGGCUGACAAGUCGAUUUCUUCGAAAGGCUUCGCCAAAUUAUACCUUCGAGUGGCCAGAACUUCUGAAGACCCUUCACUAGAAUUGUAUGGUGAUUAUACAAAUGCUGCCGUACUAGAGUGGCCACAAGGACGCUACCAAGAACCUGAGCCGGGCGUCUCGUAG